CAAUAAAGAAAUUAGCGGAUUAUGAAUCUAGAGGCGUUUUUUUUUUCCAAUGGACCAACACAGCACAGCAACGCUUUACUGGUUAAGAGCUACUACUGCCAGACUUUUCUAGAAGAGAAGCGAUGAGGAACUCGCUUUCAGAAGAAACACGCGUGGUCCCCAACAGAGCCGAAGCCUCUCCCCCGAAGAGGCGGGUCUUGUUUUCUCUCCCCUCCCUGAGGGUGUCAGAACUGCAGCUGCCCUGGGUGGAAGUGGCAAAGAGUGUCAUGGAGGCGCUGCUAGAAAAACUGCGAGCAGGGCUUUCCGCACGGCUUGGUCGAAUUGCGCCGUGGGGGAAGCCCAACGCUUCCCAACUCCACCAGCGCCCUCCGGAAGCGCAAGCUUCACUCUACGUCCACUGGCCUUACUGUGAGAAACGCUGCAGUUACUGCAACUUCAACAAAUAUAUUCCCCGAAAUCUGGAUGAGCUUAGAAUGAAGAACUGCCUCAUUCAAGAGGUCCAGACUUUGAUCCACCUAAGUGAAGUUCAGAGAAUCACUUCAGUGUACUUUGGUGGGGGAACGCCAAGCUUAGCCAGCCCGCUUACCAUUGAUGCUAUCCUGGACACUGUCUCCCAAUGCACACAUUUAGCAGAAGGCGCUGAAGUUACUUUGGAAGCAAACCCCGCUUCAGCAGAUGCCCUCUGCCUUUCCAAGUUCCAGAAAGCUGGUGUCAACCGUCUCUCCAUUGGAAUUCAGUCACUUGACAAUGGGGAACUCAAGCUUCUUGGAAGGAACCACACAGCUUGUGAUGCUUUGAGGACUUUAGAAGAAGCCAAGAAACUCUUUCCAGGGCGGACAUCUAUUGACUUAAUAUUUGGUCUCCCAGGACAGACUGUUGCUUCCUGGGCCCAGGGUUUAGAGAAAGCACUUGCAGUAUGUGAUGACCAUAUAUCCCUUUACCAGCUGACUCUAGAAAGAGGCACAUCUCUCUUCAAGCAGGUCCAUCAGGGCUUUCUGCCCCCAAUCAACGUGGAUAUAGUAUCAGAGAUGUAUGAGUGUGCACGACAUGUUCUACAAAAUUCAGGUUUUUACCAGUAUGAAGUCUCCAAUUUUUCAAAGAAUGGGGCAUUUAGUACUCACAACCUCUCCUAUUGGCAAGGGAGCCAAUAUAUUGGCAUCGGACCAGGAGCCCAUGGGCGAUUUGUACCACGGGGAGAUGGUAAAAUCCAUCGAGAGGCAAGAAUACAGACUUUGGAACCGGAUAUAUGGAUGAAAGAAGUGUUGGCCUUUGGGCAUGGGACCCGGAAACAGACUCCACUCAGGGAACUGGAUAUGUAUACUGGAAGAGGUUUUGAUCCUGGGACUCCGUAUGGAUGUAGGAAUCACACACCAGCACUGGUUGCAGUUUGCUACCAGUCUCAGUCUGUGGGAUGUGUUUGGUGAGGCAAAGGAAGUCAAAGAGCUGGAAGAACAUGGCUUUAUUUUUCUGGACGACAGGUAAGGGGGCUGAAGGUUCAUGUGUUUUAGGAAGAAGAAGAUACUGAUAUAUCUGGAGGAGGAUUCACUCAUGUUUUUCCUCAGUGACGAUUCAUAUUUCUUUUUUGUAGGGGACUUAGGUGCUCUUGGAAGGGUCUGGCUGUGCUUGAUUCUCUCCUGCUGAGACUCCUGAAGCAGCUCCAACAGACAUGGAUGGAAAGGGAAAGGAGAAUGUGAACUAGCUACUGGUAUAACUUUCAUAUUGGAAGUUAAAGAGCUUUCAGAGAUGGUUUAUAGUCUGAAAAAUUGUUGCAAUGCAAAGGUCAGAUCCCAUGAAAUGAUUGUGUCUUCAAUGAAGCCAAUGAGCUGAUUGUGUUGUCAUGCUACUGGAUGCAGGGUUUUCUCUGAAUUAAACAAUUACCGCAUCCCUGGCUUUUGUCUCUUUAUACUAGAAUGAAAAAUGAUCUGUUAUUCUAGUGUCAUUGUGGCUUGUAUUUGAAAUAAAUGAAGCAUGAAAUAUCUUUACGCUGCAUAAAUAAAUGGAUUAUGCAGGAACUGGUUUUCAUUAGCCAGAAUCUUCCACUUUUGUAAGUACUAAAUAAAGGAAUGUUCCUGAGGGAAGAAUUGACUGUGAAAGUAAUAAAAGAUGUGUAUGCUGUAAAUACAGGGCCACUUGUCAUAUAUUCAGCUUAGUACAACUGGAAUGUUUUUGGGCUGUCCCUUACACAUAAAAGCUACUAAUGCUUCUAGCACAAUAACUUGCCAUACAACAUUCCACUAUAUUCAUAAUCCCAAAAUUUCAUUUACAUUUGACCUAUUAUGCUCCCUACUGAAAUUCCAAAUCUACCAUAGGCACAUUCUGAAUUAAUUCAAGCAGCUUGCUGUGCUGCUUUUGUUUAUCAUUAAUUCCAUGCAACCCAUUCUUGAUAAUACAUUUACUGGAAUUAUUGGAAUACAAGUACUCUUUGGGUUACAAUGGCAAUUGGGAGUGGAAUUUCAGUUGCUAAAUGAUGUCAUAAAACAAAAUGUCAUGUGACCACAACAUUUAGUGAUGGCAAUUGCUUCAGUCCCCAUUAUCAAUAAGUGAGAAUUGGGUCUUUAAGUGAGCAUCUCCUUGCAAGUUCCUGCCAGCUUCCAACAACCAAAUUAGAGGGUAAACCGGCAGAAAGUUGCACGUCCCAGGCAAUUUGCAAACAGGUAGACAGGUAAGUGGCUGCUUCUACAUAGGAGAGGGAGCAAAGGGGUGUGUGGGUGGCCAAGGAGGCAUGGUUCAAGUGUGGUUUGGGGUGGCUGCUACUGGGUGGGGGAGUGUGCAAGGGUGCACAAGUACCAGGGAGAGUGUGCAAGUGGCCAGAGAGGUGCAGUGCAAGCACAAUGAGGCUCAGGGAGUGCACUUGAGGGUGUAUCAGCAGCAUGCGAGAUACAUAAAUAUAAUUAAUGAAUGCCUUCUAAUACUUUUGAGUUAAUUACUGAGUUUUCACCUGAACUCUAGGCUGAAGUAGCAUGUAAAUUCACCAACUAUUUUACUGUACCUUAAUUGAGUUUUGUGACUUCUUUUUCCCUCUGAUUUUAAUAAAACUUUAUAAACUGGAUACUGAAA